AUGCACAUCGGUCCUGCCCGAUGCCACACUGGAUCAAUCUGUAGGAUUGAGGAGGAGUCCCUCAGCCAAUCAGAACAUUGCUCCUCAGAUUCUAAACAGGAAAAGGCGGGGACUAAACAGGAAAUGAUUUUUGACCUUCCGUCUGACAAUAGUGAUGUCACUCUGUCGGAUAUUGAGCGUUACUAUGACAUCGGCCGCACGGUCGGAGACGGAAACUUUGCUGUUGUGCGCGAGUGUCGUCGGCGCAACAACGGGGAAGCCUUCGCCAUAAAGAUUGUGGAGCGCUCAAAGCUGAUUGGUCGAGAGCACAUGAUGCAGAACGAGCUGAGCAUUCUGGGUAGCUUGUCACAUCCCCGCGUGGUGCGCCUCUUCACACACCACCACACACACACACAUUCCUAUCUUGUCAUGGAGAUGAUUACCGGGGGCGACCUGUUCGAGGCGAUUGCAGAGCGUGGGAAGUUUCCGGAAGAGGAGGCGGGGCAGAUGGUGUGUGAUGUCAGUGAAGCUCUGAGAUACAUUCACAGCAAGACCAUAGUACACAGAGACCUGAAACCUGAAAACCUACUGGUGGAGUACAGUAAUGAUAGGGUCAGUAGGUUGAAGCUGGGUGAUUUUGGUCUAGCCAUGGUUGUAACAGAACCCAUCUUCACUGUGUGUGGAACACCCACCUAUGUCGCCCCGGAGAUCCUCUCAGAGACAGGGUAUGGUCUGCCGGUAGACCUGUGGGCGUUGGGGGUGAUAGUCCACAUCCUGCUCUGUGGGUUCCCUCCGUUCCGGAGAAGGGACGGAGACCAAGAGGAGCUGUUCCAGAUGAUCAGAGAGGGACACCUCACAUUCCUGGCCCCUUACUGGGAUCACAUAUCUGACGCAGCACAAGGCCUGGUGAAAGCCUUGCUACAGGUGAAUCCAACAGAGAGACUGACAGCAGUGCAGACUCUGAAGCAUCCCUGGAUUCAGACCACUACAGACCAGAACAGACCAGUACCGACCAGCACAGAGUCCAUCCACUACAGACCAGUACCGACCAGCACAGAGUCCAUCCCCUACAGACCAGUACCGACCAGCACAGAGCAUCAAAAUCAUCAACCCAACUUAACUCAUCGAAAGCCCCAAGCAACCAGUCGUCUGCUCCAACAAAAGCACAUCCAAUCCCGCCAGCCCACCACCCAUCCAGACCACCACCCAUCCAGCCCACCACCCAUCCAGCCAGACCACCACCCAGCCAGACCACCAUCCAUCCAGCCCACCACCCAUCCAUCCAGCCCACCACCCAUCCAGCCAGCCCACCACCCAUCCAGCCAGCCCACCACCCAUCCAUCCAGCCCACCACCCAUCCAUCCAGCCCACCACCCACCCAUCCAGCCAACACCCAUCCAGCCAGCCCACCACCCAUCCAGCCCACCACCCAUCCAGCCAGCCCACCACCCAUCCAGCCAGCCACCACCCAUCCAUCCAGCCCACCACCCAUCCAUCCAUCCAGCCCACCACCCAUCCAGCCCACCACCCAUCCAUCCAGCCAACACCCAUCCAGCCCACCACCCACCCAUCCAGCCAGCCCACCACCCAUCCAGCCCACCACCCAUCCAGCCAGACCACCACCCAUCCAGCCAGACCACCACCCAUCUCAACCACCCCACCCAUCUCAACCACCCCACCCAUCCAGCCCACCACCCAUCCAGCCCACCACCCUAUCUAUAA